CUACAGUAAAAUUGCAUGAUGAAAAGCUGUGGGUUUAAUGACAUAACGUCUCUUGUCUAAUUAACCGCUGAAACAGCUUAAUCUGUCAUGAUGGUGCGGUCCUUUGCCGGCUGGCGCAGUUUUUACUGGCAAAUUAACAUGACAGCAGGGUUUAAGCAACUGUACAUCUUGAGCUGCUUGUAAUUACGACAGGCAUCAGUGAUCAGCCCAGCCCUGUCAUGGCAUGCUGCAUGGCUGAACUUCACAUCUGGUCUCUCAAGUCAUCAGUUACAAUCAGAGAUAUUGAUGUUGGGUGUCAUACCUACCAUGAUAAGGGAGAAACAGUUGUGACUGGCUAUCUUGAUGAGAAACAGCAGUAUGCAGAAAGCAGAGAUUUGCUGUGGACACCCAAAAACAGACGCCCUGACAAGCUCAGAGAUCUUCUCAAAGAAGUUGAAGAUCUGUUAGCUAACCAUCAGGUAGUGUUCACAAGAUGGAGAUCAAGACGACAGUUCCAGGUUAUGCUGAGCAAUUGCAUCCUGUUGUCAUUCCAAGUGUCAGUGCACAGUGGCGAUGUGGAACGGAUUCUGAUUGACAAAGCUCUGCAAGGGAAAUUCUGCUCGGAGACCAUUAACUGUGCUGUUGUCACAGAUGCCUUCGUUGUUUGCACUUUCCCUGAGAAACCCAAACUGGGUUACGCAUUCUUCAGCAAGAGGCCUUCGUCAGGCCAAGAUACCAGCAAGAAGAUAGACAAGAUGUCUUCCUAUGACCCAAAGAUAACACAUGUAGACCUACCCGGGCUGAAAACCAAACGUGAGAGAAAACUGUCUGUCAAUGCCAGUCAGGAAUGGGUGUUAGUCUGGUGCUGUGCAGGCCGGGACGACUCGUCAGCAUGGCCCUGGACACCCAUGACAAGUGACAAGGAGAGAGCCAAUGUGAUUCUCUAUGGAGUCAAUGGAUCCAAACUGGAAGAGUUGUGUUUUGUCAGCACAGAGUACGACCCUUUAGACGUCUCCUUCAGUUUGAGUCAGCCAAGACAUAUCUACACUUUGGAAGGCGUCUCCUCAGCAUCAUCAGGGGAUCACAACGUGGAUACCUGCAUCUACGAAUGCUCAAAAACGAGGAUUCAAAGAGCCACUGUCACUACAAUUCCGCUAAAAGCAAAAGUUGUUGCACACGGACGAAACCAUUCUGAAGACAAAUUGAUUUUGGGAUGUUCAGACAGCAAGUUGGUGCUGUAUGAUGAGAGCAAACGAGUCACUCAAUUUGUACAAUCAGACUUGGUGCCGUCGCUGAUCACCUGGCACCCCGGAAGUUGUCUGGUGUUCGUGUCUGGCAUCAAAGGAGAAAUUCAGUGUUUUGACAUGGCUCUGAACCCUCUGAAUAUCCUCACUGUUGGAGAGACUUCCCGAAGCUGGCCCACAUUGCAACUGUCCAAGUGUUUCAGAUCCCCCAUCACAAUUGGAACGCUGCUGUGGAGCUAUUCCACCUGUCUAUCUGACUGCAUUGCCGAUGCACAAGACUCGCUCCUGAUGAUUUUUAAUGGUGGCCCCAUUUCCAUUUUGCAGCUGCACUUGGGAGUGCUUAGCAGAGGGCAGUUGGGUCCACAGGAGCUGAUUCAGCAGUAUCUGAACCAUAAACAAAUUAACGAGGCUGUUAAUCUGUUGAAUGUGAUGAACUGGAACACGGACAGUGGUAGUUGCUUCACCUGCCUGACCACAAUCAUCAACAACCUCUUGAAGCUGCCGCUCACCCCGGACAGAGAAGCUGCCUUGGAAGCUAGUCUGGGUAGCUUCUAUGCCCCAUUGAGGCCCCUGUCUGAUGUGAUUGUCAUGGACUACCGUGACCCAAUCAGUCGCCUCGCCCGGAGGUUCUUCCACCAUCUGUUGAGGUAUCAACGAUUUGAGAAGGCCUUCUUAUUGGCCGUGGAUCUCCACUCAAGGGACCUUUUCAUGGACAUUCACUACCUGGCAUUAGACAAGGGGGAGAUGGCCCUAGCGACUGUCGCUAAGCAGAAGGCGGAUGAGAUUGAGCAAGAAAUGCCCUCAGAAUCAGAUAACUUGGAUUCUCUGAGCGAUUCUGUGGAAGAGGAGGAUUUCUCCAGCGAGUCGUACAGCAGUGGCAGUGAAGAAGGUGAACCUCAGGCAGCAUCUUUGUCAAGAGCUCCAGGAGCGUCUGGAAGGGAUGACAAGCAGAGCACCCAGGGGUCGAGCCGGUCCUCACCCAAGCCUGCCCGAGCAGGCAGACACAUCGAGCGUGAAGCCUGGUACAAGGCCGAGGAGCAGAUUGAUGCUGCCUACGGUCUUGGGUCUGAUUUAGAGGAGCUUCACCUCGAACCAUCAGAAGGCCUCGCCAACAUCCCUGGAGAUGUCUACACACAAGUUCUGACUGACAAUCCAUUUGGCUGGGAUAGUCAAAAGCAAGAUGGUGGCCAAAGGAGCAGGGAAGCCCAAGGGGCAAGAAGUGAGAGAGAUGAGGAAGGAGAACGACAGGACAGGAGAGGAGAUGGCACCACCAAGACAGUCAAAGUCAUCCAUUUUGGCAUGGUGUGACACUGUGGUCUCAACUGUAUAUACAACUCAUUUCCCUGUGCAGUGCCAAUUGCUGUAGAGGGAGGACACACAGUGGCACUAGUCCUCAAAGCAUUAUAAGUGAUAUACAGUGUGCUACCAUUUUUCGCCGGAAUGUGCACAACCCAGCUACAUCUCCACCUGAGAGGAGCUCAAAAGAAGACUGGAAAUAUCAACACAGCUUGCAGGCCAGCUCACGUGGAAUAUACUGUAACGGCCACAGUGGCCAAGUUUGAGGCCUAUUUCAUGAAAGUUUUGCAACAAGUCAUUUUUCUGUGAUGAUAUGUGAUGAUAACAAAUUAAUUUAAUUUUUUUUACCAAAUCUACUGAAAUCAGCCAAAUCACAGUGAUUCCCUGAGGUCAAGAUUUAACUAAACUGCAUUUUUCAUUUUUACAAAGAGACAAAGUUAUCUGUCAUAGGUACAGCCUUAGCAAUAGAGGACAAAACCUUGGGUAACUCUCGUUUUGCCAUUUUCAUGAAGAGACAAAUUUGACUCUAGAAACGUAUGCAAAUGUAGCAAUUUUGCAACUGGCAUGCACAAUGACUAAAGCGUGUACUGUGUGUGCUGUUUUCACAAAGAGACAAAAGUUUCACAAAUUGACGAAAGUGUUUGUUUUUGUUUGUAAAUAAACAAUUUUGAUUGACCUCUGUAUAUUAUUUUGUACUUUCGUGUCAUUUAAGAUCCCUCUUUCACGGGGUAACAUAAAGUUGAAGAAUGCUGAAAUAUUGGGGAAUAAGCAUUUGAAAAGAGACCAACUUCAAAUGCGACUUUCUCGAAACCUAGUUUUUACUCUCCAGAGAGACUUUUGUCUCUUCUCGAAAACGGUGACAACGAGCAAUACAAAUUCCACAGCUUUUAUUGCCUGUAGCUUUCAAAGCUUUCUGCGGGAGUAGUGUUGACUUUGGAUCAUCUAGAAGUAUGAAAAGCUACCUUGGCUUUGGAAAUUGUCCAACAUCAAUAACCUACUUCAGCCUGGUUUUCGAAUGGUGGGUCAAUUAAGCAGGCCAGUGAUUGCUGGCUGCCAUUCUUGAGACCCUAGAGACUUGCCCCAACUCCCUUUGAGUCGUCAGUAUUCAUCAGACGGUUUUUGAGAGAUUUUGCUGGAUUGAUGAAGGCAGAACCCAACCACUUUUGCAUUACAUGCAACAUGACUCCUUAUUGAAAGUUCAAAAACAAAGAGUGCGCACCUCAGUUUGUACCUAAAAGGUGUCUCAGGAAUACAUCUCGUGAGUUUGGGUUUAGGUUAGUCUGCUGUCUUUGGACAGCUCAAGUGUGGACUGCACGUAGGCUGAAGGUGUGACUUACUUCUGUUUCUGGCUGAAGUGCUGGCAGAUGCAUUCCAUUGAUCCAUUCAUAUUUCAGUGAAAAUGUACUUGAUAGAGUCAGUUUUGUGGAAAAAAUUGUUAUAACAUGUAUGAAAAAUGUAAAAAUAUUAUGUAUUAAAAUAGUGCUAGGAAGCACAAUGGAAACUGCUCAAGA